UGCUCCUAAUGAAAGAAGAUUGUGAGGAUGGAUUACUGCAGCCAGUCAUCCCUAGUCCCCUGUGGAAAAGACAAAUACAUUUCAAAAAACGAACUGCUGUUGCACUUGAAGACCUACAACUUGUAUUAUGAAGGUCAGAAUUUGCAGCUCCGGUACAGAGAGGAGGAAGGCGAGUUCAUCGUCGAGGGUUUGCUGAACAUCUCCUGGGGCUUGCGCAGGCCCAUCCGGCUGCAGAUGCAGGAUGACAACCAACGGAUCCGGCCUCCUCCUUCCUCCUCCUCUUGGCACUCUGGCUGCAACCUGGGCGCACAGGGGUCUGCAGUGAAGCCAAGUAUCAUACCCGAUAUUCAGAUUACAGAUGUUGACACCCCCACGGAUGCUGAUGACUCAGAGAGUGGAACAGAUGUCGGAGACUUAAAACCCCAGCAAGAGGAAACUCCACAGCUGAUGCGAACUCGGAGUGACGUGGGAGUCCGUCGCAGGGGGAAUUUCCGUACUCCAAGUGAACAGCGGCGGAUCAAACGCCAUCGGUUUUCCAUCAACGGGCAUUUCUACAAUCACAAAACAUCUGUGUUCACACCAGCCUAUGGCUCAGUCACUAAUGUCAGGAUAAACAGCACAAUGACCACUUCUCAAGCUCUCAAACUGCUGCUCAAUAAAUUUAAGAUUGAAAACUCGGCUGACGAAUUUGCAUUGUAUAUUGUCCACACCAGCGGAGAAAAACAGAAAUUGAAGGCUACAGAUUAUCCACUGAUUGCCCGCAUUCUGCAAGGGCCGUGUGAACAGGUCUCCAAGGUCUUCCUGAUGGAGAAGGACCAAGUUGAAGAAGUCACCUAUGAUGUUGCUCAGUACAUCAAAUUUGAAAUGCCAGUUCUUAAAAGCUUCAUCCAGAAGCUCCAAGAAGAAGAAGACCGUGAAGUGAAGAAACUUAUGCACAAAUACACAGUCCUCCGGUUAAUGAUAGAACGAAGACUAGAAGAGAUUUCCGAGAGCCCGGCAAUGAUCUAAAGUUCUCCUCAGCGCUGUGCUGCAGCCUUGUAUCGGCGAUUGGUCUCUCUAAGAAUCCCUGUUUACAUGAAGAACAGAAUGAAAAGAAGAUGCACUCCAUCCUGGGAACCAAACCUGAAUGCAAAACCCUGCGGAGAUUGAAUGUGUGUCCUGUACCUGCUCAGCAGACAUGGAUGUGUGAGAGUCAAUGGACUCCUUCUGCAGAAGGAAAAUCUUCCAGUAAUUUUCUUUUUCCCCCUCUUAAAGGAAAUGAUUUACAGAAGGCAAGCCCAGCACUCACAAAGAGGAGAGUUAACCUUGCUGGCAUGGGAUAUGCCCACCAAGGCUGGUGUGGCAUGCCUGUGCGCCUUGACCUGCAGUGUCUGUACUGAAGAAGCAGUUGCAUUGAGAGGAGUGGAUCAUGCUCCUUUGCUUCUCGCCUACUGCCAUUCUGAGAAGCUUAUCCAUGCUUGAGUGCUGAUGUUACUGUGCAUAUGUUCUCAUGUCUGUACGCAAAGAAGAGAACAAAACUCAUGCUCACUAAAGCUAGUAAACCAGCUUCUGCCGUGCCCGCACACUUAGAAAAUACUAGUCCGUGUAAAUGCUCCAGACCAAUCCCAGUACUGGUAGCCACUUUGCUGCAAUAACUCCUGCCAACCUCCGCUCGUGCCAGAAUGUCGUGCGUUAUGAAGUGUGUUUUGAUGGCAAGAUAUAUGUUAUGUGUAGCUUUUUUCCCGUACAGGACAGUCCUCUUUGUUCUUUAUUUUUCCUGUUCAGAGGGUUCUCAGAGUGCAGCCACAAAAGAUAUACUUUUUUUCCCCCCUGCAUGGUACGGGUGGGAGAUCCAUCUUGUUAUCCCCUGGUGCUCGACCCCUCCUGCCUUGUUCUGCCCCUAUUGCUUCCCUGACUGAUGCUUGGCGCCUCGCUUUCAUGUGUGGGGUCACCAAACGUAUGUCUGCACUGCAGCUAGAGGUGUCAUUCCCAGCUCGGGGAGAUGUACAUGUGCUACAUUUGAUUGAGCUAGCAUGCCAAAAGUAGCAGCAGAGGUAGCAGGCCAUGCUAGCCACCUGAGUACAAUCCCAUCCAAGACCCUAGGUAAGGACUCAGUUCUGCUAGCUCGUGCCACCGCUUGUACCACUGUAGCUGCACCAUUCUAUUUAGCGCACUAGCUUGAUCAGAGCUAGCGUGUGUAUAUCUGCCUGAGCUGGAAAUCAGUGUAUAUCUUCCCAAAGUGAGGAGGAGACAGAAGACUAGCGUGAGCAGGAAGUGGAGCCCCCAGAGGGCUUGUGGGAGACAGACAGCAGCUGGAAAGGAAGAGAUGCACCUGCCUAGGUUGGGAGCCUUGACAGCUGUAUCCUCCAACAUAAAUGCUGGCACGAGAUCUCUUGGGAGGACUGAUGGGUGGGGGCAGAUGUUCCGGAAGUUGUUACAAUUAUAACCAUCACCUGUUGGUGGUUUGGGCAGCUCUGUCCUUGAGAGCUUGGAGUCUGUGGGUCGUGGUGUGGAGUUAGACCAGGGCGGCUUCUGGGGGUGGGGGCAGAGGAGUGUUAAGUGACUGGUUUCUAGAGUGAGGCUUGUGGGCCUGAUCCUGCAAGGUGCAAAGUUCUCUCAACAUGUGAUAGGCCUGAUUCUCCCCUCUCUGGUGUAAAUCAGGAGUAACUCUGAAGUCAGUGGAGCCCUGCUUCAGUAGCCGUUGGUUGGUAGGUAUGGUGUAUGGGUGGUGUUGGUGGCCUGUGAUAUACAGAAUAUAGAGGAUGUGGUGGUCCCAUCUGGCCUUAAACUCGAUGACUCUGUGACCAGCCUAAAAAAUGGUAUCAAGAGGCAAAUUGACGGGUGCGUUGCUGAGCUAAGCACCUUGCAAGGACAGGCUGUCAAAGUCAACAGGGACUGGGAGUGUCCAUGAGAUACUCCAGUUGUGUGAUACUCACGUGGUUGUCACAAGGAAUAAAGGGAGCCAAGAUGUGACAGUUCCAUGUAGCUUGACAUCAAAUAUUAUGUAGAUUCUGAUGCAUCUGCCAGAGGAAUGUUUUGAGAUGGGGGGGGGGGGGACAAUUUUUUUUUUCCAAAAGUGCCUCAGAGACUUAGGAGCUUCUGGAAAAUUUGCCUCAGAACCUUGAUUUGUCCACACCUGUGAUUAAAGACUCUUGAUCCAUAAACCCUUCCUCAAGCAAGGGAAACCGACUCCCACCAGCUUACUGUCUUUGCCUAGAGUUAUACCGAGCGAUUCCUCAGUUGCAGAACAUGAGUUGGGUUGGGGCUGUUGAUUGGAGAGUGGCUAGUUGUCAGUGGAUUUUUAAUCUCUGCAAGCAACAACAAUAUCACCAUUAGCUUCACACUCCAGCUAGUUUGACAGGGACAACGUGGAAGUAGCCCUUCAACUCCUGGUGUCUUAAAUUCAGCUGACUGUCUCUAAGUAGUGUUUACCGUCUCCACUGUGUGUGUG